AUGACAAUCUCAAACACAAGCAAGAAUGCCCAUGUUGACCAGUCGGCACCUACCAAACCACCAUUCCUGACACCUGGAGACAUUACCCUGGAAGUACUUCAAAACUGGGAGAUGGGAUGUCGCCAAUUCAUCAAACACAAGGAAGUUGCAGCUGAGGAACAAGUGGGUAAGGUAGUGUGGGGUAUGCAGGAACCUUCCAUUCAGGAGUUGUACCUCAAUGACCAAGAGUGCAUAAAUAGGCUAACCUUUGAAGACUACAUGGCAGAAGUCCACAUAUACUGGCUCCCAUUGGACUGGGCGAACAUUACACAUCAUAAGAUGUUGUCCUUGAACCAAGGCGACAAACCAUUCAAUGAGUGGGCUGUAGAAGUACAGACACUCAACACACUCCUCCAUGGCACCACAUUGCACCUUUCAGAAACUGACCUACAUUAUCACCUUGAAGCACACAUGCAUGCAGAUCUGAAAGUCAGGCUGUUGGACAAGAAGCACCUGCACCUGCUCAACAAACAGAAUGAGGCAGUGGAAGCUGCACUCUGUGCUGAGUGCGCUUGCAAUGGAGACAAGAGGCUGACAUCAUCCUCUCAAUACAACAUGAAGGCAGGUCGUAAUACUACUAGGAAAACGGGUACAUUCAUGUGCAUACCACCCCUCACUGAUGAGGAAUGCACCUUGCUGAGGGAUAACAACAGUUGCUUUAAGUGUAGAGAACCCUUUGCAGGUCAUACAUCAGCUACUUGCAACAAAGGCUUCCCAGACAGUGUGACUUACAAAACCAUCACACUAGCAGCCAUCACUACUAAGAAGGGCAAGAAGAUGUCUCAUACCAUUGUGUUGGUAGAUACAGAGAACACAGUGGCAGUGGUAAUACUGUCUGUGGCAUUGGGAGAUGGAACAGACAGCAACAAGUGUGUCGCCCCACUAACCACUCCUCUUCUACACUGGGACUGCCUUGUGGAUGGUCCCACUGUUUCAUCUCCUAUACAUGUCUUGGUGCUUAUCGAUGAUGGUUCUGCUGCAGUUCUGAUUGAUGAGUCUCUCACACUCAAACUUGGCCUGUGUGUACACAAACUACCAAAGUCUGUACCAUUCAACAUCACACUCUCUGGAAAUAAGAAGGAAGCAUUUCUCUUGUUAGACUAUGUCAAACUUGCAUGUACUUCUCUUGAUUCUUGUUAUACUUCCUGCACUGUACAUGCCAUCAUGGCGCCAAACCUUUGUACUCCACUUCUUUUGGGUGGUCCAUUCUUACACCACAACAAAAUCACCAUUGACCAUGAGAAUCAUACUUGUUUGGUGAAAGAUAUGAACUACAACCUACUGUGCCCUGUUAUGCCUGCCAAACCUUUACUUGUCCCCUUACCACCACAAAUGCAUGAGAUGAGACUGGAUAUCAUAUGCGAACUGAAGCACAUACUUCCUGAGUAUAAAACACUGGUGGAUGACUCCUGUGAUGAGGUGAAUGGAAUCAACCUCAUCGCUGCAGUUUGUGAACAUAUCACUACAUUAGCAACUGAGGAGAGCCUUUGA